CUUGUUUUGCUGGAGGACUGCCGUGACAAUAUAUGCUUGAGCAUCGAAUUCCCCGUCGUUUCCCUCUUGGUCUCCAGCCCAUCUGAGUGAUGGCGGCGUUGGGUGAGUUGAUCAAGGUGCUGCGGAGUGAGCAGAACUUCAAAGAGAAGCGGGGCGCCAUCCGUGCCUUCGCAGCGGCAUGUGGCGAGCAGGAGAAUCAGCUGCGGAUCCUCAACACGCCCCACUGGUUCCAGGCGCUGCUGCCGCAGCUCCUAUCACUGGACAUUGAGGCAAAGCGCUAUGGCGCCCUCGCCGUGGCCAACCUCAGCAGCCACAAGCAGACACACGAAGGGCUCCUCAAGCAGGACCUCAUGCCGCAUCUCGUCUCGCUCCUCAUCGACUCAGAGGACCCACACACCACCUCCCACCUGCUGACGGCCCUCGGAAACCUCACGGCCACGCCAGCCUUCUGGCCGAGGUUUUAUGACUUGAAGGUGCUGCAGAUCGCCCUGAGCCGUGUGAUGAGGCCAACCGGCAACGACCCCAGUGUGGCCUCGGCGGCCUUGUUUUUGCUGGCCAACCUGACGUGUGACGGCACGCAGCGGCGGAUGAUGCUCGACGAGUCCAUCCACGAGUACAUCUUCCCCUACAUGACGGCACAUGCCAGCGCCGCCCAACGGCUGCAGGCCCUCACUGUCAUUCGCGGCGUGACGGAAGACGAGAGCGCACAGGAGCUGCUGCCGCAAUAUGGGGUCAUUCCCCUGCUGCUCCAGGCAUUCACACUGGGCACACAGGGCCUGUCGCACAUAGACACACCAUCAGCACAGCAGGGGAAAGAGCCCACAGAGGCCUCUGGGGGUGGUGGGGGCAUGGAUGACGGCCAGUUCAUGCGGACGCUGAUCGAGCUGGUGCUGGGCAUCCUGCACAACCUGUCUCUGCACGCGGCCAACUCGCGGCUUCUGCUGGCGGACGCGCAGAGUAUUGAGCUGCUAGAGGCGGCCGGCCUGUCUGAGGAAGAGGAGUUCACCACGUAUGCCUGCAGCACCAUAGCCAACAUGUGCGAGGACACCGACCUACACACACCCAUCAGCAACAGCCGCCUGCUGCACGUCCUGCGCGAACACUUCUUCACCGAUGACCUCCCCAUCCGAGCACACGUGACGAGGGCGGUGCGCAACCUGUGCAUGACGCCCCGGCUACACCCCAUGAUCCUGCAGCUGCAGCCGGUUGCGUCGCUUCUGAUGAUGGCCGACCUGGGUGACUUGGACGAGAGCGUCCGAGUGAAUGCCCUCAUGAUUGUGGCCGCACUGGCCGCCACACACCCGACCUGUCUGGGCAGAUCGGAACUCGAUGAUCUGGUAAUUAAUUAUUCAACUUGGCAUGUACUGGACGGACGUACACAUCCGAGUGGCCGGCCAGUCAGACAGCUGAGCUAGUGUGUGCAUGUGGGACACACAACAGAUCUGCUAUGUCCUUCUGUGUCGGUUUGUGUGGGUGCGCAGGUGCGUCUGGCCUGUGACGGCUACUGCGAGCCGGGCCAGCCGGAUGACGUCCCCACUGAUGUGCGGCGGUAUGCCAUGAUGGCCUUGGCAAAUGUCUCGUCCGACACAAGCGAGACGACAGACCAGCAGCAGCGGCAGGGGGAUUACUAUUUCCAGGACCGGCCCCUGCUGGCCAAGCUGCUGUCCAAGAUGGACGACACCGAGGGAGUGGACGGCCUGUAUGUCGACUACCUCGCUCAGCUGCUCCACAACUGCUGUUUGGUCGAGUCGGCGCGCACCACGCUGCACCAACUCAGCAUCGAACAACGAUUGCUCAACCCAAAUCUCAUGGACAGGUCAGCAGUGAGAGCAUCCAUCCAUCCAUCCAUCCAUGUGUGUGCAUUCCCCCUCCUUUCUGUGUCUCUUGCUUGUCCUUGGGAUGUCAGGAUGUCAUCUCAGGCGGCAUCCUACACGUCAGACAUUUGUCGGCGGCUGUCUGGUGUUGCCGAGAGCCGUGCUCGCAUCUGCGACAUGCGUCUGUUUUCGACGAUCCACACGUCGUGGCGGGACUACCUGGGCCUUCGUGAGGUGGCCACUCGGCUGGCCCUGCUGUGCUCGACCCUGACCUAUUACGACGACACCAUCCAUGAGUUCGUGCUGCAGAAUGGCGUCUACCUGGUGGCCUUGCUCUACGACAAGGUCCCCACUGACGAGUACAUCCGCGUCUGCUGCCUCCUGACCUUCCUAUACAUUUCCAAGGACCCAGCAGCCCAGCGAGCCAUCGCCGCAGAAGACGGCCUGCCGGUGUUGUUGGAUGCGUGUCGCCAGCCGACCUCCGCACACACAGCCAACCAACAGCUCAUCUCCAACGCACUCAAGACGCUCCUGCCCUUCGCGCAAGCCGAGCAGUACCGGGGGCAGCUCGCAUUGCUCGGGAGCAUUGACGUGUGCUCCUUUUUCCUCUACUCGCCUGAGCUGGAGCUAAGGCAGCUGGGGCUGUACCUGCUGCAGAACCUGCUCGAAGACCCCACCGGCCGGCGCAUCUUUCUGCAGAUCCAUCCGGAGGUCAGACCUGAAGACGACUACAUUCCUGCGCUCGUCAACCUCCUACCUGGCUAUAGUGGCAGCGGCAGUGGCACGGCCGUAGCUGGUGCUGGUGGAGAGGGCGGAGACGACUCGUUUGUGGGCCGUUGUGUGAUCCACUGCCUGGCCUCGCUCACCUUGGAGCACCACUUCCCCACCAAUCACAAGCUGGUGGACCUCCACGUGCCGCACCAUCUCUUCAGCCUAUUCUUCACGCAGCAGAUCGACAAGGACGGCGGCGAGGCCGUCGUUAGGUUCUUUGCCGAAAUCUGCCACAUGCGGGCCGUGCAAGUCUCGCUGCUACGAUCGAUGGACGUCAUCUCCAUCCUGCUGCAGGCUUACCUGUGUAGCUUCCCGCCGCGCAUCUGUGCCAGGGCCGCCUCGGCUUUGCUGGCACUCAGCCGGUCCAAGUCACUGCGGUCCUUCUUUGUGCCGCACAUGAAUUCGAUAUCAGAGUGGGCCCACUUGGCUCUGUCGGGUGGUGGUGGCGGUGGCGAGGGGCAAUCGGACAACAAUGAGGAGACAAUAUCGGUAUCUUUCAGCUCAUUGUUCUGUGAGCUAAGUCUGUCUGGUGACAAGGACUGCAUCGAUGCCCUGCGGGACGUCAGUAUCAUGGACACGCUCAUGCUCUACCUUUCCGCCGCCCUCCAACACACGAAGCAGUCGGGCGUGCACGGGAGCUCGUCUCUCACAUCUUCUCGUGGGAUGGGAGGCACGUACGUUGGAAGAGGUGCCUCGCAUCCACCGCUUGUCGAGCUGCUGUUGCCGUCUGUCACCGCCAUAUGUGCCCUGUGCAUCUCUCCGCUGGUCCGUGAGACCGAAAGAUCUAUGCGGUUCCCUCCGUGUUUCUUUCGCCACAUGUGUCUUGCUACUUGAUUCUGUUCUGAGUCUGUAGGGUGAUGAGUUCCUCAAGGCGCUGCUCUUCCCGCCAACCCGCCUCCAGCUUUUUCUCUCGAUCCUCAACCUCCGGGACAAUGACGUUGACUCGUCCUUCUGUCGCGGCUCGGCCCGCAUCGCAAUCCUGCACCGCACGGCCAAUCCCGAGCUCACAGUGGAUGACCUCAACCUCGCUGAGAUCGCAACCGUCAGCUCCAACCAGGGCCUGAGAGACAGCACAUCGACGACCGACGAUGCGGCUUCCAUGAUCUAUGACCGCCUGGGCCUCGUCCCCUCCUCCAUCUUAUGUCGACAGGUCUUUCAGACGCUGUGUGUUGGACUCAGCAGCGAAGCCGUCAGGAUGCCGCUGUUAUCGCAGCUCAAGGUGGUGUCUCUUCUGCCCUUCUGUGCGACAGCAUGCUCGUCCCCCGACUCGCAGCUCACUCUGUUUGCCUUUGCCUUUAUCGCACUCCUGUCGAUGGAUGGCGCCAGCCGUGCAGCCCUAACGUCGACGGCCGGCCUCAUGAAUGAUUUGCUCAGCUACUGCCGUCGUUUCGACACCCACUUCCACCCCCAGCAGCUCUUCAGGCGAUACGCUGCUGUCGCCGAGGAGCACAAAGGCCGCUCGAGGAAGUACAAGGGCGGCGCAGCCGACGAUAUGCCGACGUCCCUUGCAGCCACCAGCACGACCUCCUUGUACUCGCCUGAGAUGCUGGGCUUCCACAAGUACGUCAUCGGUCUCUACACCGCGGGCAACCUUGCGGAGGACCUGCUUUUCCGUUACCCAGUGGACGGCAGCAGGAUCCGACCCGUCGCGAGGAAGGGGCUGGGCGUCCGCAGUGAGAAGGGCGGCAAGGACGAAGAUUUUGAUGAGCCUUUGCAUUGGCGGCUCUACAAAGAAAAGCUCAAGGCUAAGGAACGAGGCGCCGUGAAAUUAGCCAUUGAGAUUGAGGAAGACCAGGAGGACCACGAUUUGGAUGAAGACAGUGCACAGCUGGGACAGUCAGACGACUCGCUCCUGAAAGAGCAACUGGUACGUACAGUCGGUACGCAGACAGUGAAGGCGUGAGUGACUGGUAGAUAGAAAGACUGAGAUCGCUUGUCUGUCGUCUGUCUCUUUGUUUGCCUCCAUUUCAGAGGCAGACGGGCGGGUCAGACCCCGCAAUGGGUUCGGACGAGCAUGACUUCGGCGUCACGCGAUCUGUGGUGAGCGGCGGCGAUGUCUCACAACUGACCGAAACGACACUGCUCCGCGCCACCCUUAAAGCUGGCCUUGACAAGACUGGCGGGUCCACAUCGUCGCAAUACAAGGACCCGACGAGCCCUGGUACACACAGCCAAACGGAGCGCAGCAUACGCCGCCUCGAUGUAUCCUCUGUUCGUGUCCGUCAGGUCUGACGAAGAGCAGCACCAACUACAUCGCUCAACUUCUCCUCCAGUCACUCACGCGGCUCGACUUUGGUCUUCUCUUGACAACGGUAGAAAAGAAAAGGCAUGAGAUCGCCAAUGCAGCCAAGACGGGCACCCCGAAGGGACUGAGGAAAGGGCUGUUCUACCUGAGGGAGGAAGAGGAGGACGUCCCUGACAUCGGACACCUCCUGAAUGCCAUGCAUGAGUUCGUGGCGACCAUCCAUCUGGUCAUUGUGCACAACUCCUUGAUCAACCCAUCGUCGCCAGAAGCGAUGAUCGCAGGUAUGCUCUAUCGAGAUGUGACGUCAUGUAUGUAUGGGAGACAUGCACUUUUCUCUUUGUCGCUGCUGCGAUGGUCAGGUGCCGCAGCCGCACCGGCGAGUCUGUCCGGCGGUUUUUCCUCCUUGGACAAGUCCAAAGAUCUGUCCGUCUCUUCCGGGCCGAAAUCCGUGAAAUCUCUGCACGACCUGCACAUUCCUGAGCCCUUGAGGGCACUGGACGUCAAAAAGCUGCGCAAGAAAGUCGAGGAGAUGAUAUCGGUGAGAGGGAAUGAAUGCGAAUCCAGCAAACCAGCCUUGUAGCCAGCAUGGCAUAUGACGUGCCAUGCCGUGCACCGCCCCCGCAGGUUGUGUGUCGGUGCCUGGAGUAUGGCAUUGGUCUGGACAUCACCCGGUGCAUCAUCGAAGCUCUCAACCGCCUCACGUUCUUCCUGCCCUCAGUCGUCCGGCCGGGGCUGCAUGGAUCCGUCCUGGCUCUUCUGCGGACGAGACAUGCCUUUCUGAAUCCCGCAUCCAUCUGCUCGCUCUUGGCCAACGCAUGUGCAGACACUGACGAUCGACUGGAGAAGCUCGCCGAGGUGAGGCAACCGGGCUGCACUGCACUGCCAGGUCGUGUGUCAAGAUGUAUGUGCAUACAUGUCUGACGCAAGCAAAGGUGUGCGAUUGAUGCAUGAAUGUGUGCUGACUGACAGGCGGACACAGACUUUCUGCGUUCGUUCAUCUUGUGCGACAACAGCAGUGCACGAAGGUACCUGCUUGGUGCGGUUGCCAACUGGAGCACAAGAGACAACCUUCGCCAUGCAGUCAUUAGAGCGGGGGGCCUGGACGCAUGCCGCCCGGCAGGUGGGCGCAAUGCAAUCACACGAGAAGGGUCAUUUAUGCAUUCCUCAACGUGUUUCGCAUUUACUCUUCCUGCAGAGUCACGGGAUGCUUUGAUAUCGAAUUUUGCCGAGGCUUUGGAGAAAGUGCGCAUAUUGGCCAACCUUGGGAGGACCAAGAGCAUCGAGGUCUAUCAGGACAUGACCAAGGAAGCGGUCGUGGCCUUUCUCGGAGAGGUCUUCCAGGUGUCGUACGCAGCUCUGCUCCACAAGCACGAGGCGGGUGUGCGGCUGCGACUGGCAGAGCAAUCGCGACAGUAUGCCGACGACUCUCGCCCGCCGACAGAACGGGAUGGAGGAGAUGCCAGCCCAAAGAGCCCCAAGAAUGUGGACGAGGCAGCAGACGUCGAGACUGAACAUGACUUCAGGUCCGUCGCACCCCAGUCUUCGCCUCCCCGGUAUGCAGAAGCCCUCCAUCUGUCGCUCGCGUGCCUUCACAAUCUGCUGAGGGUGCGUGAGGUUCACGAAGCCAUACUGAAGCAUCCCAGUGUGGUCGACACCCUUUUGGCACUGGCUGAGGGCCCUCUGCCGCUCACUCCCUCGACGCUGCGUCUCGUCUUUGCUUCUCUCGUCGCCCUGUGCUACCACCAAAACCUGGCCGGCAGGGUCUUUGCGGCCAUGUCGACGUCAUAUGGGGCGACCACUCGGGUUGAUUUCGAGCUGGAAAGGCUGCUGAUUCUCGCGGCCAACAUGCAUUAUCUGGGCACCGACGUCGAUCACAUCAAGGCGGAUAAGAGCCUAUUCAUGACACUGAGCAAGUACGAAGCAGCGAGCAGCCUGUCGAGGUCUCCCUCUUUACCUGUGUGUCUUGUGCGCGUCAGUUUGUCAGUCGGCCAGCAAAACCUGACGGUGAAGCGGACGAUUGCCCAGAUCCUUCAUCGCAUCUCGAUGGCGCCGGUCAGUGUACGGAAGGAGUUCUUGACGCGGGACUCGCUGCUCGUCUUGCGCAGCCUCUUCGCCGCCAAAGGACUCUUUGAGGUCCAGGUACUCACUCCAAUACAUGCACUCUCGCCGUCACGAGCCUGACGGACAUUGGCCUUCCAUUGAAUCUGCCAGAUCCGUGCUUUCGAGGCGGCGUAUUUUCUGACAGUAGGUGCUCUUGACGUUCAACUGUGGAGCGACAUGGAUGUGCUGCCUCACAUGUUCUUCGGCGCCUUGCACUUUAGCAAAGAAGCGGCAACCACCUCCACAGCUCACGAUGCUGUGUAAGCCCACCGCCUCAAGCCAGCCUGUCGCGUCCGUCACAAGAAGUCAUUUUGUGCAGGGUCGAUGACGACAGGCGUCCAGGUGAGGGCGACAGCGACGAAGAUGAUAAUGAUUCGGAGGAGAUGUCUGCCGAGGACAUGGAGGAGGUGAAGAAUUUGCAGAAGGAGGCCCUGUGGGAGGUCUUCUUCCGCACCGCUGCCUUCGUCGCCAAGGAGGAGCCGCUCGUCAUCCAGCUGUCCAAACUCAGCAGCCUCGAUCACAUCUUGCUUGGACUCUUCGACGGAGGCGAAUUUGUGGACCUUUUCAAUGCCGGGACGCACUGCAUGUGCAGCUUUCUCAACAGCUCGGCGGCUCACAUCUUCUGGGCCAGGUGGUGUUCCAGCGGUCUCCUACAAAAGCUCAAACAGGAGGUGCAGAGGAGGCUCGAGGAUGAAGAGGAGCAAGGAUCACCUGAGCAGCCCGACGACACAGAAGACGAGGAAGGAUAUGAUCGCAGAGGGUCGGUUAUUUCACACCCAGCGUCCCUGGCUCCGUCCGUGGUGUCAUCGUUGGCCAACAAGAGUCCGGCACCGAGAGGCCCCCAACCGAAGCCCGCCUUCCACCCCAUCCAUGGGCACCGUGCCUCGGUUGAAAAGCGGACCCACUUCGCCCUCCCAGAUGAGAACAAGAACGAGGAAGAGUCGGCUGAGAGAGCCAGGGCCGGAAUGCGCAAAAGACGGGUGGGUGGGAGCGGCGGUCAGUUGCCACCGUAUCGGCACUUGCACGUGCGGUGUUGCGUGUCUUGUCAGAUGUCUCGCUACGACACGCGGCUGACAAUGAUCUCUGAAUCUGAAGACGGCGAAGAUCAGGAGGAGAAGCUCGACAAGAGCAGCGCAACCAUCAGCAGGGCCGGCACCUUCAAAUCAAUGAAGUCGAUGGGCAGGAGCACCACCAAGUCGUUGGGGCUUACAUUGUCCAGCAUUCGGCGGGAGGCGACAAAGGGCGACCUUCCCGGAAAGAGAAAGUCGUCGCUAAGCAUCACCUCAGUCAUGUCGUACGUGUCACUGAGUCCCACGAAGAGAAUGAAGAGGGGCGCCAUGCAACGAUCAACUACCACGCCGCUCGGAUUGAGCCUCGUGGCUCCGCCCACUCCGCACGAGGACUCUUUCCUGCGUCUCCUGCUUUUCGCCAGCGAGGACCCUGCCAGCGUCACAUUUGUCUUGGAGGACGUCUUCAUCGACUACCUCAAGUCGCAACUGAUGCAGUAAGUAAGCGACAAACAAAUGCGUUGAUGCAUGGCGGAAAUGCUUGCUUCAGGCUGUCGAGGUUCUACGACACCAAUCGCAGAAGGGAACGUCGCCCAGUGGCCCUCAGCAUUGCCUACCGGCGCGAGGACUCAUCAACGUCCGAAGACUCGCAAGACGAAGAUUUUGCAAAAGCAGCUGUCUCAUUCAAGCUCAUCGCAAGGUCCCGUCCUCUCUCAUGAAAGACAUACACACACUCAGUACACGUUUGUUUCUGCCGUAUUGUGUAUUGUGCAGGGUCAUCAUGAACUUGUCGACCGAUCCGCGCAACAUCCCUUUGAUGGGCAUGAUGGGCGUCAUCGAUGCGAUUGGGUCGGUCGUGGCAGCCCCCGGUGGAGCGUCCGUGCGCGUACACGCUUUGGCACUUCUCGUCAUCCUCUCGGCGAGCACUGAGCUUGCACCGAGACUCAUCAACUGCCAGCCCCUCGUGCGCCAGCUGUCUCUCUUUCGAGUAAGAAAACAAGAUGAAGCUUGGAUCGCACGAGACGCCUGUCCCGUACUUUUCUGUUCGGUGUGGUGUGGUGUGCAGGGCACUCAGGCGAGUGACUUCAACCUUCCCCCUCGUGAUGCCAAGCGCCUGAAGCUUUGUCUUGCAGCGCUCCACGAUCGCCUUGCCAAGUCACCGCAGAGCAGACCCCCGGUCAUCGACUGGUUUGGCGUGGCGGUCAUCAGACUGGCGCUGCAGGCGGACUUGCCGGACUGCACCCUGGUCUGUUUGAGGAACGUCUGCCAGAUUUCGAAUGACUCUGAAGCAAUCCUCGAGGUAUGCGAUCUGUGAAGGCCUUUCUGAAAGCCUCAACUUGCUUGUGUUCUUUCUCAGAAAGGGUUCGAGGCGCCAGCCUUCUGGCCCUUCCUGUUGGCUCUGUGCAAGCUGAUGCGGACACGUGUCGACGAUCCAGCGACGCCCCUGGCCUUGGUGGAUGCACUGCGACUUGCUAAUGCGCUUGAGGAAAUGGUCUCUCAGCUGACAGCGCAUAAGCUCUUGCUCAACCACAUCGCGAUGCGGAUCCUUACAAAGGUAAAGUGGGACAAGAGCUGCGCUUAAGGGUGUUCCUUCCACAUGCGCUCUUCCCGCCUUGACAGGGAGUGAGCAAGAUCAGCAUCAUCCGGACGAACCUGCAGCCUUGGAUCAAUUUGCAGUCCCUCAUCGACCGGAUCGAGGGAGUGCUGCCGGGCGAGACAUCUGAUCCUUCGCGUCACUCCCUUGUCAUCUACCAUGAGAGCGCUAUCGGUGCUGUCAUGGGAUAUCACCUGACCCACAGAGCCGUCAGCGAGGUCGCCAUGGGUCUUCAGCUCUUCGUCUCCUUUCUCUUCCAAUCUCACAUUACAGCGACAAUCGCACGCGGCACUGCUGAGGACUUGCCCAAGUCUGCAUUGCACGACGAGGUAUGCGCGCCGACACUGCUAACAAGCUAGCCUUCGUAAGUGUCGGUGUUGAUUGCCCUGCCGACAGGUCAACAUAUCCCACACUGGCCGGCUUGUUGAACUGUUGGCACGGCACCUCUUCCCUUCCUUAUUCGUCGAGAGGGCGUCAGGUGAAGCAGACGGGCAACAACGAGCCGACGCCCCAUCGCCAAGACUGAGCCCCUUCGACAUCCUCGAGAAGGGCAGCGGAGAAAGCUCUCCUGCGUCUCCAGGGUCGUCGACCUCUCCAAUGAUGGCAGCCACACGGCUGGACUUGGCCGUCAAGGCGUCGUGUAACCAUGCGAUGGUCAGCCACCUGUUAGUGGCAGUGACCCGGUUCAUCCGAUCCAUGACCGCCUUUCCCGCCAAAACUUCGCCUUUCAACAAGCUCGUGGCCUCAUGGAGAUUUCGCUGCCUCGUCAAGGGCUGCUUGCUGGCCGCACUCCAGCUGCUCUUUGAAGUAAGCAAAGGUUCGCUUUUCUGUGUGCCUCACAUUGCAGGGGUGUCGUCUUGGUGGUGCAGAGCUAUGACGCAAGGAAGAGCAAGGGAUUCCGCGCAAAGGAGGCCGCCCUGUUGCGGUCCAUCCUGGACGGCGCCCCGGCAGCUGAAGCGCCAACCGAGAAGGACAGACGGAAAUCUUCCUUGCGACGCAUCGCUGACGUCGGCCUCGGCCUGCACAUUAUCUUUGAGAACCUACUGGCGUCGAUGACGUACUUUAUCCUCAGCAAUGACAAGUACUACUACAUGAAAGCAACGCCAGUCGAGCGGACCGAGCCGUCAGGGCUGCUUUCUCCUGACACGUCGCCAGUCCAACGAGAUCAGCGCAGAGCAACUGCUCGCCUGAGCAACUUCGUGCACAGGAUGGGAAUGCCGCUUCUCGCCUUGUGGGUCGGAAUGAAGACGGAAGGCGAGGAUGAUGAGCUUCUGUCCUGGGUGGAGGGCGUGGAAGCGCACCAGUGGCUUCCCAAGAUCGUCGAGCUCCUUAUGCAUGACAGCGAAGGCCGGUUUGACAGAAGCAACAUCCCGAACGCGAGUGGUCUUCUCGGCGAGGCAGUGCGCUUCCUGAGCGCGACAUCGGCUGUCUAUCUGCACCUCCCUCCCGACAAGGUGCCGCAGCAGUGCGUGGUCAGGUGCGCACCCAUGGCUAAGAGACCAACCAAAUCACAUCUUGCUGUGUGUGUCUCGCAGGCAACUAUCUUUGCGAGAGGUGUCGGGACGGAUGUUUAUCGCCACCAUCCUCUCAGAGAUGUCGCUGUCCGCCGAGCCAUACGCUGUUGAGACGGUAGGUGCCAAAAACUGUUGCAAAUAGAGAUCGACACCGAUGGCGUCCACCUGUUUGUACAGGUGCGGACGGCCUCGGAGCUUGUGGGGGCGCUUGUGCACUAUCAGGAAGCUGCUCUGCAGCACGAUCAAGACAGCUGCCGCCUGUUGACGACACUGCAGAAGAGCCUGUAUGGCGGCGUCGCGUCGAGUGCGAAACUGGUAGAGGAACAGGGCAUCAGCCAUCGGCAGGCAGGCAGCAUCGUGCUGUCCUCGAUGCGAAGCCUGGCUCAGCUUGCACGGCUGUAUCACUUCUUCCCGAACUUCUCAAGGUCAGAGAGCAUAUGUAUCGGUGUUCAUGCUUGUCACACAUGAUUGACUCCCUUGCUUGACCAGGCGCGUGCUCCAGCGAGGAAUCUCAGCUGUCACCAGCACCAUCCUCUCCAACAAGGUCAGCUCUGACGCAAUAAAGAGCGAUUGUCCUGCUUGGUGGAAAGCCACAUAUUCGGAAGGACCUUGAUGUCCCCUCAACUAGGCACUCGGCGAGUGCCCAUACGAGAGCCUCGAGGUGGUCAGCGCGUCACAACAGCUUUUCACCAAUCUCGCGCAGACGGCUCUCAGCCGGAUCAGGGAGGAGGCCGGCAGGAAUGCAAAGGCAGUGCCAUGGCAGCUGCUGGGCGACGAGACCGUUCAGCUCUCAGACCUCCUCAACUGUGGCAGCAUGACUGUCGGCCGCGCCUUUGCCGUCUCGGACCUGCACGCCGAGUACGUCGUCAAGAAAUGGGGCAUUGGCAGUGCAUUUCUUCAACUCGUCGAGAGCGUCAUCUCGGCUGUUGACGUUUCGGCUGAGAGCACUGAAGACGAGAGCGCCCUCAAGUCUUUCAGCGUGAAUCAAGACUUCUGGUCCCAAGUGGACUGUCGGGCAUUCGAAAGCUCCCUCGUGGCCGUCCACAAGGUAUCGGAUUGACUGAUGCCGCCUUUGCUGACACCGUCACUUUGUCUUCCCGCUGCGUGCAGAUUGAAGUGGCGGCGAGUGGGCUGCUGUUUUGCGAGAGAACAGCCUUGAUUCUCUUUCAUCUCAUCCGAACCAGCUUUCCCUUCAAGCGGCGAUACUUUCCUGACAUGUUCGUCACGGGCAGCACGGCAAGAGUCGCACCAAAGGGCAUCCGGCCCGACGAUCGAAGGGGCGAAACAGUGGAGAGCGAAGCCACAAGGUAUCAAAGGAGAGACUGAACACCCAACACACCACCAUCACCAUUCUCUUACUGUCUCAGCAAGGUGCUGUCUUCGUGCUGCGCGAUCUUGUCCACUGCUUCGGCAGCUGCCACAAUGGAGCAGGACCAACCAAAGGGCAUUGGAAGGUAUCGAUGGGUCGAGACACAGCAAAUCUGUGUGCCCGUGCCAUGAAGGUGUGCGUCGUACGCUUGUCUUGCAGGGACGUUUCGACAGGGAAGUUGAUGGGGACUGAUAUGCGAGAUUCCCUCCAGAGCAUCAUCAGUCUGUCUGACCACCAUCACGAGGCCGCGAUCUGGCAGCUGAGGAGCCUCGCCGUCCAGAGCAGGGCGCUGGAUACCACUGACCAGCUGCCGUACUUGGACAGAACCAUCGACCUGCUGCUCAAAGCGCUUGAGACGAAGGGGCUGUCGAGAUACGCCAUUGUCAUACUUCACAACUUCGCAGUCCGCUACCCAGCGACCUUUCUCUUCAAGGAGGGAACGAUCCGAUCCAUCUGUCACUUCUACGAAAGGAUGGCCAGAGCGCUCCGCGGAGGAUGGGAAGAGCGACUGUGUCAGCGGCUUGCUUUAUCCACUAUCCGCCUGCUUUAUCUUUAUUGGGCCGAGUCCCCAACAACACUUGUGACGGAGGAGACAUCAUUGAUGGACGUCCUCAAGGACCGACAGGAGCAGCAGCGAAGCCCCUUCGUCUCCGAUUGGUCGUACGUUCUCGACUUGACGGCCCAGGGCGGCAGCAAACCCAUGGCUCUUCACACAGGUGAUGCAUCGGUCUUUGUGUCAGUAUUUUGGGCCGUCUGUCGACGAUCCGAGGAGGCUUUUGUCAGCGCGCUGGUCAGCCACAACGGAUGCUUGAAUUUCCUGUGGAGGUGUCUCAUUCAAGCGGAGGGUCUCGGUGCGGACAUCGUUGGCCGGAUGAGGCGUGGAUCCUCAGGAACGCGAAUAGUGUCGGAUCACCAGCUCCCAUAUGAUGUCGAUAUUGACAUGCUCGACUCAAGAGCGGCGAAACCAAUACCGCCGGAACAAGACCGUGCAGUCGAAUCUCAACAUCUUACGAAAAAGCGACAUGAGAAGGCUGCCGAGUAUUGUUUCGUGGCUGCAGCCAAUGCUCUCUGCCUCAUCUUUUCCCACCGUCCGCAUCGCCACUCGUCGUCAGAACUCGAUACCCUUGUCACUCAAGAGGCCACCUCUUUGCACACGAGGUGUUUCCAGGAAUUCUUGAGUUCCCUGUCUCAGCGGCUUGAGGCCAACAACAGAGUCGAGAGACUCUUGUCAGAGAGAGUAAUUCAGGCCGCCGGUCAAAUCCUGUCGUCGGCGAUGAGGCAGCUUUCUGGCGGUGGCCAAGCUAAAGUCAACGACACGAUUGCAUCGAUUGUUCCCGGGCUGACCACUUCCCGCACACCUUCCAUCAGGUGGAACAAAGGCAUACGGUUUGCACACCUGAUAUGUCCUGACCCAUCGAUCUCUCUCCUUCCGUGUAGGGCCCUUGGGGUGGGUCUGGCAUAUCGGAGUGGAUUCUGGAAGUCGCUUACAGUUGCCCAGGAGCUGCUCAAGCAGGAGCAGUUCAAAGAGCAGCCUGAGAUCGCAGCGCGGCUGCUUGCACAGCUCCUGACCACCACUAAUGUGAGCAAACAGGGGGAAGAAAGACUGCAUUGCCUCGUCCACAGUCUGACAGAGGGGUUGCGUCUUGCCUACUCUACUGAAUCUCAGGACACGCUAAAGCCGUACCAUCAGACACAGGCGCUUCGGGCUUUGUGCACCCUCCUCAAGAUGAGGAAGCUGAGCAGAGACACUGUCGAGGAGGUCGCCAAGUGUAAUCCCGUCCUAGCUGGCUCUUCUCAUCUUCUCCGCCUUCUCCUCGACGAAGAGCGGCUCCUCUUUGCCGACUAUGUCGGUGCACUGGGCGACGUGCUGCACAUUUCCACUGUGGUCGGCCGUACGGUGGCCUCGCUCCUGAGCUUUGCGUUGAAGAGGGAUGAUGCACUCAGAGACACAGGGGUGUGGGCGUCAGCCGACGUCCUCGAGGUAUGCGUGAGGACCGCCGUGAAGCUGAUGCCCUUCCAGCCCGCAAAGGCGAUGAGACUCCUUGUUCUUUUGUUCGCUUCGCCACAUUGCGGCAGCUACGCCAGGCAGGUUGCGCUCGUCGCUGGCGUUGCUUCAGACGCGUGCUCGUCCUUAGAGAGGUCACUGAAGGCUCAGACGGAGCUGAGACGUGCGAAGACUGAGAGCGCAUCCUCCCUGUCUCUGUCUGUAUGGGGGGACGCAAGCGAAGAGAACAGGGAUUGGGCGGCAGAGAUAAGGUGGAGCCUUGCUUUGUCGCUCCUGCUGUAUUAUGGGGCUGACGAAGACAGUAAGCUUGAAAAUGAAGUGGCUUCAAUCGCUGAAAGAGACGUUGACGCUGAGGAUUUUGGUACUUUGAGGAGAUUAAGGCUGAAGGUCGAUGAGGUCACCGAAGACUCGCUGUUGAGAGAACAUGAUGAGAGGCUGAUGGAGCUGCUCGUGGGACAUGUAGAGCUGAUGACGUCACGCCACUGCGAUGAGGGACUCUUGUGGGAAUGCAGCGCCACUGCGGGACUGGUCGCAGCUAUGGCAUCGAAGGGUGGAUCAGCUGAAGCCACUGCUGUGCCGGUCUUGACGAACACGCUGCUGGCAGUCAUGAUGAGUCAGCAGACUGAAGAUGUUAUGGUUAUUGGGGCCAUUGCGCUGAGCAGUGUAGUGCACUUGUCCCUAAAGGCUGUGUCAAUGCCGAUGUAUCACCCGAAACUGUUAGAAGGCUACAAAGACGGACCCUCCCCACUGCGCCAGGCAAGGAGGCAAUAGGAUACACACAUGUCGGCCUGUUGGCCAGACCCUUGGCACGGAAUUCUCUCAGGCCAUAAUCCAGCUUUCGGGUUUGGGGGAUGGCUGCUUCCCAUUGGAAAUGGAGUAUCCAUCGGUUGGACUGCAGUGCAGCCUCAACCUGCUCUUCGGCCUGAUGACGUCCAGAGAGGCAGUCGCAGAUAUCCAGAGCUCCGACACCGAGCUAUUAACAUGGCUCCAAGAUGCGCAGCCGGCCGGCAUCGAGAAGAACGAAGAAUCCGUGGAGCUCGACAGUGAACGAAUACAGAAGAGGAGUCGCCUGUUGGGUCUGCAGUGGCUCCAGAUUGUUGUUGCCGUCUGUUAUUUCGCGCGGCAGAAGAUCGUGCACCAUCAUCUGAUGCUCGUCAAUCGCGCCUGUGGUGAGCGAAGUCGAUUGACGGGUGUAUCCCAUCCCACGCCAUCUCAUGUAUCUCGUGCAUGUCUCACUCAGAAGUAGCGACCAACAUCACCGUGGUGAACACGCCUGAGGGCGGCAGCAGCGACGAGAAUGGCUGUGGUGCUAUCCUCCUUGUGUCGUUGGAGUGUCUCAGCCUGCUCCUGUGGUCUCUGUACCCCUCGGUCAACCUGCCCUCAUUCCAGCCCAUCAAGGCAGUGUACCGCCACCUGGCCCUGCUCACCGCCGGAGCGGCAGUCUCAGUUGCAGCUCGGCGAGUCGCCAUUGACGCACUCUGCGCAUGCCUCGAGUACGAGAGGGCGGACGCUUUCGCCGAGGCAGUCGACACUUCCGCAGGCCAAGACACACGGGGGCUUCGGUGGACGGUGGUGCUGCCGUUCCUGGCCGAUGCUGCGGCCACGCUGUCAAAGCACUCCGAUAAGGGGCUGUCGCUCAGUGCUAUGCGACUUGCCGUGACGACAAUUGGCAUGGCUGCUCGAGGAGACCCAGGAGACGACAACACAAGCGGGACAGCCUACUCUUUGUUGCUGCGAAGGCUGGUUCCAGUCCUGCUGGAGAUAAUGGAGGCCCCGUCCUCACCAAGCGACAGUGUUAUUGGCGCAUGCGAGGCUUUCGUCGAUGUGACCAAGCCUCGCAGCCCCGAGUACCGUGCUGACCCGGCCGUCCUCUCGUGUCUCCUUCAACAGCCCACACUGGGCGCUUUCUUGUCCCUGCCACUUGACGCUGGUCUCGGUGGUCGAGUCGAGUCAUGCUGCGGCGAGUGGCUGGAGCUGUACGGUGUGCCGCGGAGGAAGCUGGAAGGGAUUGUGGUAGCCUGUCAGAAGUCGCCUUUGCUGGCUUUGCUCCGGCUGACCCGGGAGAGCUCCUCGAGACACCUUGCUGAGGACAUGGGGUGGGUGUUCCUGGGCAUGCUGCAGGCCGCCGAUAUGCCGCAGGACAUGGGCACUGAGUCGUCGGCAUCAGAUAUCUUUCGCCUACUGCUGGAGAUCGUGCCUGCAGCCUCGCCACUUGCCUUCCAGCUGGCAUUGGCUCUGAGGGACAUGCUCGACAGGGGACACAAAGACGUCCUGGCGCGUUUUGUGGCAGUUGGCCCCACAGCAGCACAGUGGCUGGAUGACGUGCUACGUCUGACUAAGAAGGAUAGUGGUGCGCGGAGGACAGGGGAGGCAUCCCUACUGCUUCUGAAGCUCAUCUACACUUUGGCGUUUUUCUUCCCCACGAUGAGAGAUAUCCUCGCGCAGCAUCCCUCCUUGCACGACACCCUGGCUCUGGUGCUGCAGGACAUCAAGGACAUCACUAACGAUCAGAAUGGCAUCCGUGGGGGGUGUCUUGUGCUCAUGGCGCGGCUUCUCGCCAUGCUGUGCCAACCCUCUGUCGCAUCGGACAGUGGACAAGACGAUACAUCGACUAAGGUACGCCAGAGGCGGCAUAGUGUGCGACGUGACUGUCAUGUGUGUCUCCAUCCAUCCAGGGUAUGGUGUCCCUUCUGGUCACGGCACUCGGGCUCGACCGACCAGGCGAUCGAGCUGGUGAUGAUGGGGCAUCUGUGCUUUGCGAGAAGGUGACCGUUACAGCUCUCGCACAGCAGAUGAGAGAGAACCACACAGCAAGACAUGCACUCGUGAAGGCCCCCUUCAUGAAGAUGCUCCCCAACAUGCUGCUUUCGCAUGCGGAUCGGCACCGUCCUGGGGACUCACCCAGCCCACCACAGAGCUCUGACGCGCUGCUUGAGCUCUUCCUUCUCGGCCUGUCAUCAGAGGGGCCCCGUGAGGCUUCAACACUGCUCAUUGCCGACACUCCACACGAGGAGGGUUCAGGAGACAUCCAGGGCCUCGAGAUCCAGCCAAACAUGAUUCAAGCCCUGAUCCGGGUGUUGGGGCGCUCUGAUGGGUCUCACAUGUGAGUCAGUCGCCACAUGAGCACGGGCACACCUGAAUGUCGUCUCCUUGUCGGUCGUCUCCAUAAAAACAGUGUGCGUCACGGUUGGCGAAUCCUGGCGACGCUGGUGCAGAUCCGCAGCUGCUGGAAAUUCAUGUACCUCCAUGCAAACAGAGGUAAGGAAACAGCUUGCUUGAUCUCUCUCUUCGCUUUCCUGUCUGUCUGUCUGUCUGUCUGUCGGCGUGUCCAUCCAUCCAUCCAUCCAUCUGCAUGUGCCACCCGUGCAGAGUCGUCUUGUUCAUGUCUCCGUCGUGGGGUGCAGCUCCUCAGCUCCUCAGCUGACAAGGAUGUACAUGUCAAUGUGCUGCGGUGCCUGUCUGCCUGUGCGGCUCAUGCCUUGUUUAUCGCUGUGGCGCCUCAGCACGUUGUGUUGGAGGGACCUGAGAGGCAGCCCUCAUUCGUGGCAGUCGACGCUGAAAGACACUAUACAGGACACACGCAAUCGGCGCCGAGAGAUGAGCAUCAGUCGUCUGCGGUCAGGCAGACAAAUGCGAUGACCAAAAGACAUGACUUCCGUACGAUUGACUCCUGUGGCUUUCAGGUCGAUUUCUUCUCGCGUGAUGUGUUGUUGGAUAUCUUGCGCUCGGCUGGAGGGCUCCCGGACUGUUUGUCGAAGGUAUUGGCCUGCUGGACCUUUGGGAUCAUUAUAACUUCCGCGGGCUCUUCCACACCACCCAGAAAUGGUGUUGAGCAAGCACCGCUGCGAUCGACUUCUUGGCUGAGAGAUGAGGGCAGUCAUCUGACCACCCUUGUCAGUCUUGCCACCAGCUUGCUCAAGGAAACCACCGAUACUGCCGUCAAAGUCAGCCACAUCAAGAUGGAUGUGAGCCACUGCUUUCCUCCUUCCAUUCUUGUGCUUUCAUUUAUGCCAUCAGGUGGGAUCGUUCGUGUCGAGCCUGUGUCUGCGGUUCUUCCCGCUUGAGGCGGUGCUGCCCGAGAUGGUGCCGAGCCUGGCCAUCCCGGAGAUCCUGUCGUGUCUCAGCCUGCCCUAUCCAUCCCUGCACUUCUUCAUGCUGCUCCUGCUCAACAUGCUCGCACUCAUCAAAAUGCCCUUGUCAGCCAAGGUGGACGCCAAAGUCACCAAGACCCUCGACAGGUGGGUGUGUUAACACGUGACCGAAUGUCUCCGACCACGAUAAGACAUCGCCUGCUUUGAAUCGUGCAGGUUAUUCUCUCAUUUGUUUGCGAUCAUGCUGGAGCACUCGGACUCGCGAGACGCCGAAGAUGAGGAGCGACCGAAGGCUUUGGUCCUCCGGUGGCUCUGCCUGACCCGCUCGGCACCUCUGGGCGCCCACCUCCGGUCCCUCGCCAUCUGCGUCCUGGGAGCUAACUGUGCUCGUGCAUUCCCACACGAUAGCAAGGACGGCCCGGGCACUGAAGAGUCGUCAGGUCAGGCCCUCCCUCGCCCGCCGGCAAGGCUGUUGAACAUCCUGGCGCAGCUGCUGGUGGAACUGCAGAUUGCACAGCGCAUCGCUGCCAGCGGGCACUCAGGCAGAGAGUACAUUUGCAGGUUGAUGCAGAGCGCCGAGCAAAGUGGCGGUCUGCCGGGGAGGGGCAGUCAGCGGGACCACCAGGCCAACAUGGACGCAGUGGAGGCAUGGUGUGGGCUUUCGGCAAGGCCCGAGCUGCUGAUGGGCACAGCGUGCCAUCUCGCCUUCGCGGCUGCACACUUGGCUGUCGCCCACCCUGGCACUGCAACCCGGUGUCUGGCGCUGCGGUCCGCCGCAUUCACGGAGCUGAACCGGUCUCGCGUCAUCAGCACGGGGGCUCGAGUGCUCAAGCCAACAGGUAGGGUAUGAGGGAGGGACGGAGGGAGGGAUGAAAAGCAAAGCAGUGGGGUGGGGUGGGGUGUUUGCCUGCCUCCAUCCGCCCUGUGUCUGUCUCCCCACAGCCUCCACAGCAUAUGAGGUGGUAGCGCAGCAGGCCCUGCUCCGGUGCGCCCUCGUCACCCUGGAUGCAGCCAUGACAUCAGCAGCUGAAGAGACGGGCGUAUCGGUUGGAGGGGCGGGGGCGUCCUCUGAGGCGCUUUCCUACCUGGUGCAGCACAUCCAGGCCUGCUACGUCCCGUACAAGGCUAUUGAGUCAGCACAGGAGAGAGGCGUGCAGGGGUGGCAGCUGGAAGCACUCAAAGCGACACCCACACGGGCCGUGACGAAGCUGCUGCUGUGUCUCGCGUCUGACGAUAAGGCUAUGGCGUUGCUGAGGGAGGUGGGGGGCGCCGAUGCGCUGUUCCUGGUGGCGCGCCAUGCAGGCGACGCUGAGAUGCGUCGGCUGGCCACCGUGCAGCUGAUGAGGAUGGCAGAGUCGGUUGUGGCUGCAUCGGCAGGGGGGAAUGGGAAUGGGAAGGUGACAUCGACGAGUCUUGUGAAGCCUGGUCGGUCUCGGAGUGUGUUGUCACUCAGUCUGAGGGAUCAGUAGCCGUGCACAGUGGGUUCACACGCGUACGGUGCAUGGCGUGUUAACACAAAGUAGGUUUCUCAUCUUGUGUCUGUGUUCACUACACCCGAGUUGAUCAACACGUCUGUGUCGUCUGUGUCUCGUGUGUGAGUGGACAGCUGCGUGUGUGUCUGCGUCUGUCUGCGGCAGGAGAGGGGCGG